CACAACUACAGCGAACUCUCAUUACACCCGUAUUUAGUGAAGUGUCUGAGCGAUAGGCUGUCCAUCAGUGAGACCACAUCCGUCCAGCAGAACUCCAUACCGGCGCUGAUGUCCGGCUCGGACGCGCUGAUCAAAUCGAUGACCGGCUCCGGCAAGACGUUGGCGUUUGCCGUUCCUGUGGUACAGGACUUGCAAUCACUGGCGCCGCCGAUCGGUCGCAGUGACGGCGUCCACGCCCUCGUGAUUGUGCCCACCCGUGAGCUGGCCCUCCAGUGCUACGAGUGCUUCUCCGUGUUGUGCCAGUCGUUCAAACGGCUCGUCACUGGCUAUCUGUGCGGCGGCGAGAAGAAGAAGUCGGAAAAGGCGCGCAUCAGGAAAGGGAUCAACAUUUUGGUGACAACGCCCGGCCGGUUGUUGGAUCACAUGCAGAGCACCGGUAAUCUGCGCCUAAACCGUGUCAAGUGGUUCGUCGUGGACGAGGCGGACCGGCUAUUGGAGGCCGGCUUUGAGGAGUCGGUCAAGAAGGUUAUGGACCACCUCUACAGCGUGUGCACAGUUAGGCCGCAAACGGUGUUACUCUCGGCGACGUUGACCCCGGGGGUCGAGCGCUUGGCCGGUAUGAGUCUCAACGAGCCGCAGGUGAUCGACAUCAGUAGCGACCGGUGCCUGAGUUCGUACGUAUUGCCCGAGAAUCUGACGCAACACUAUGUGGUGGUGGCGCCGAAGCUCCGGCUCAUCACACUGUCGGCGCUGCUGAUGGAUAAGUGCUCGCUGUCCGAGUCGAAGGCACUGGUAUUCAUGCAGAGUCAGGAUGUCGUCGACUUUCAUCACGUGAUCUUCACGAACGUCUUCAACAAAGUGUUGUCCAGAAGCGGACAAAAAUGUAUUAACUUUUAUCAAUUGCACGGAAACAUGGAUCAGUCGAAGAGACGACAGGUGUUCGGGGAGUUCCGGAGCGUCAAGAGUGGUGUCCUGUUGUGCACGGAUGUGGCGGCCAGGGGUCUGGACGUGCCGGCCGUCGACUGGAUCGUUCAGUUCAGUUGCGCCCCAAAGCCCGAAGACUAUGUCCAUAGAGUGGGCCGAACGGCGCGCAUCGGAAAGUCGGGAAACGCCGUGCAGUUUGUGUUGAACACAGAGACCAAGUUCUUGGAGUUAUUGCAGAAAGACUUGAACAUAAAUCUGUCGGAAAUGCCGCUCAAGACGUGUCUCAAAGUAUUGAUGUUUUUGAAGUUCAAUCGCCAGGUGUUUACCGAAGAGGAAUACGCCACAGAACUGCAGACGUGUUACGAAACCGCCUUAACCAACGACUCGGACCUCAUGGCGUUGGCUAAGAGGGCGUACCUGUCGUACAUCCGGUCGUACGCCACGUACCCGAAGGCCAUCACAGAGGAGUUGCCCUUCCGAUCGUUACAUUUGGGACAUUUGGCCAAAAGUUUUGCGCUCCAGGAGUCGCCCAAAGUGUUGGGCGCCUACGGGUUCCGUCUGAAGCAGCAGAGCAUCGAUUUGCAGCACAAAUACAAUCAUUACAACCAGAGAGUUGAGCACAACUUCAAGAGGAGUGGCGGCGCCGAUGGUGUAUAUCCCGAUAGUGACGAUGAGGGCGCUGGUGGUGGUGGCGGCGGCCAAUCGGCCCGCAAAAGGCACCGACCGAUGCCGACGGAGAUGAGGACGAGUGAGUUCGGCGGACAGCUGUUCACGAAACCCGUGACCAAAAAGCGGGCAAAAAAGCGCUGA